AUGGACGCCAUUCAAAAGCUUUUCGAAAGAGAAUCUGAGCAAGAAGGAUUAGCUCGCAUCGAUUUUGUGCUGCGCAGCCUAUCUGGUGAACAGCGGAAGCAACCACUGCUUGUGGUUGGACAUGCUAUCACAUUGGCUGUUGCGCUUACGAUAGGUAUACGUUCCCAGGGAGAAAGAGGAAGAUCGUCGACAAGCGAUUCGCGCGAUUCGGGCACUCCCAUCACCUCGUUUGAGUACCAAAUGAGUAUCGAUACCUUGGGUAAUGAAGUCAUUGAUCAAACGACUUUGGGUGUUAGAUUCCCACCAGGAAGUGUUGUCACACUAAUUCAGAAGAAUAAAGGACCACCAUUUCUGUAUCAGCUAGCCCCUAACAUCGUCCCACCACUAUCCUAUGGAGAACUCUUCACCAACAAAGCUGUUGUGGCAACAUAA